AUGGCGAUGAGGGCCUUUGUCCUGCUGGCCGUCUUUGUGGAAGCCUCGGCGAAAUCAUGCACUCCGAAUAAAGCAGAUGUCAUCCUUGUGUUUUGUUAUCCCAAAACCAUCAUCACCAAAAUCCCCGAGUGUCCCUACGGGUGGGAAGUGCACCAGCUGGCGCUUGGCGGGGUGUGCUACAAUGGGGUCCACGAAGGAGGUUACUACCAGUUUGUGAUCCCAGAUUUGUCACCUAAAAACAAGUCCUACUGUGGAACCCAAUCCGAGUACAAGCCCCCCAUCUACCACUUCUACAGCCACAUUGUUUCCAAUGACAGCACGGUGAUCGUCAAGAACCAGCCCGUGAACUACUCCUUCUCCUGCACCUACCACUCCACCUACUUGGUGAACCAGGCUGCCUUCGACCAGAGAGUGGCCACUGUUCACGUGAAGAACGGGAGCAUGGGCACAUUUGAAAGCCAAUUGUCUCUCAACUUCUACACUAAUGCCAAGUUCUCCAUUAAGAAAGAAGCCCCCUUUGUCCUGGAGACACACGAAAUCGGUUCAGAUCUGUUUGCAGGAGUAGAAGCCAAAGGCUUAAGCGUUAGGUUCAAAGUGGUUCUGAACAGCUGCUGGGCCACACCCUCAGCCGAUUUCAUGUAUCCCUUGCAGUGGCAGCUGAUCAACAAGGGCUGCCCCACGGAUGAAACAGUCUUUGUGCAUGAGAACGGGAAAGAUCACAGGGCGACCUUCCAGUUCAAUGCUUUCCGGUUCCAGAACAUCCCCAAACUCUCCAAGGUCUGGCUGCACUGCGAGACGUUCAUCUGUGACAGCGAGAAGCUCUCCUGCCCCGUGACUUGCGACAAACGGAAGCGCCUCCUCCGGGACCAGACAGGGGGCGUCCUCGUCGUGGAGCUCUCCCUCCGCAGCAGGGGAUUCUGGAGUCUCUAUAGCUUCUCAGAUGUUCUCCGCCACCUCGUCGUGAUGCUGGGGAUUCACGCUGUCUUGUAGGAGGAGCUAGCCAGGCGGGCGGCGGCGGCUCCUGCAUCCAAGGUCACCUCUGAUGAUGACAAACUCACAUUUUUGUGUGAGUGU